UGCAGCCACCAGCGCAGCUGCACCCUGGGCUCCGUGCCUGGCGGGGUCCCAUCUCACCCCGCAGCAUGCCCCUGGCACGUGUGACAGCAGUGGGGAAGGGAGACUGAGGCUGGGAAGGACACUCACCGGUCACCCCAGUUUAGCCAUGGCAGUGACAGCCAGGAAUGGCAGGUCAACAGCCUCCCCGCUCGCUGGCAGCCCCGUGGCCAUCAGCACCACGGCUCGGCCGGGCUCCCUGGGCGGCUGGCUUAGCCGGAUCCCACUACCCAAAUGGGCACUCAUCGCUGUGGCUGUGGCAGUGGGUGUUCUCCUACUCCUCUUCCUCAUCUGCAUCAUCAGGUGCUGCUGUGGCAAGAAGAAGCCCAGGAAGAAGGAGAGAGUCAGCUUGCAUGCUGUCAGCAGCAGCACCACCGCCAGCCUCGUCCAGCCCGAGGCGGAGGACCUGGAGCAUGGUGUGGAGCAGACAGGGCGAGGAAAGCUGCAGUACUCCCUGGAGUACAACUUCCGUGCGCAGGAGUUGAAAGUCGGGGUGAAGCAGGCAGCUGAGCUGAAGGCCAUGGACAGCAGUGGCACAUCUGAUCCCUACGUGAUCACCUACCUAACAUCUGAUGUGAAGAAGAGGUACGAGACCAGGGUUUACCGCAAGACCCUGAACCCUGUGUUCAAUGAGAGCUUCACUUUCCAGGUACCCCAGGCAGAGGUGCCUGAAUCCACGCUGGUGAUGCGGGUCUGUGACUUCAACCGCUUUGCCAAGCAUGAAGUCAUCGGUGAGGUCCGGCUGCCCCUGGCCAGCGUCAGCCUGCAGCACGUCAUCGAGCAGUGGAGUGACCUGGCAGUGGGCAGUAAAGUGAAGGAAGAGCAGCUGGGUGAGAUCUGCUUCUCGCUGCGCUAUGUCCCCAGCACUGGCAAGCUGACGGUGCUCAUCCUGGAAGCCAAGAAGCUGAAGCGGAUGGACUCCCAUGGGCUCUCAGAUCCUUUUGUCAAGGUACAUCUCAUCCUGAACAGGAAGAAAUGGAAGAAGAAGAGGACAAGUGUGAAGAAAAACACCUUAAGCCCUUACUUCAAUGAGGUGCUUGUUUUUGAGGUGCCUUUCAAUCACAUCCAGAAUGUGGACGUGGUCAUCUCCGUCUGGGAUCACGACAAAGUGACGAAGAACGAGCCCAUUGGCAAACUCUUCCUGGGCUGCCGAGCCACAGGCAACCAGCUGCGGCACUGGUCUGACAUGCUAUCCAACCCCCGCCGGCCCCUCGCCCAGUGGCACAGCCUGCAGCCCCCAGAUGUGGUUGACAAAGCCCUGGGGCUGAAGUCCCACCUCAAGCUGCCCCUGCCCCCCAGAUAGUGGGGGGGUCUCCUCCUCCACCCAGUGGCAGGACAGACAGCUUGUGGAGGGGCGAGGGGCUUCUGCUCAGCAACAUCUAGAUGUGUUGAUCCCAGCUCGGUCUAAGCAAAGAGGGGACCGGUGGCUCUUCUUGACCAAGAGAUCCCUGGCUGCUGGCGCAGCUCAUGCCCUGUGUAAUGCCCGGAGCUGGGCAGCUCGGCCCCCCCGGGCAAGGCUGGGCACAGAGCAGAGGGUGCUAAGGAGAUGGUGUGGGUGCAGGAGCUGGCUCACCCCAGCUGCUCGUGGGCCGAGGGGACAAAUACACAGAACUUCAAGCUCAUGCAAAACCACCAUGUCCGUUGAUGUUUUUAAAGCAGAGGACUGACAUCCCGGCAGGCUGGGGUGGGCAGUUUCUUUGGUUGUGAAUAAUUCGGCAAGAGGCAAGUUCUUGGGAAGGCUUAAUGUGCCCUGUGAAGGCUUCUAAACAAGACCUGGAACUUGAAGCCCCCUAAGAGGCUUGAGAGGAGAGAAAGAGGACGUGCUGAUGAGGAAGG